AUAAUAUUCUCAUUCAUAGUUUCAUGCUGUCAGGAUGUCAGUCACCAAGGAAAUCUCCUACAAGGAUCUCAAAGCGCUUCUGGGAAAAGGCCAGGAUCUCUUCCUGGUAGAUGUCCGCUCUAAAGAGGAGGUGGAUAAAGGUCAUAUUCAAGGAUCUGUCCACAUCCCAGUUGAUACAGUAGAAGCUGCCUUUAGAAUGACGCCAGAAGAAUUCAAGGGGAAGUACGGAGUAACCAAGCCACUGUUAGACGCUCCAGAGCUGGUGUUUCAUUGUCAGAUGGGCAAGCGAGGGGGCGCUGCCACAGCCAAAGCCCAUGAAAUAGGAUAUGUAAAUGCACGUAACUAUACGGGAGGAUACAAGGAGUGGUCUGAGAAGGAAGGAAAGUGAUUUGUGUUGAAGGAAAGCCUCGUAUAAUAUCCCACACAAGUCGUAAUAUAACAGAUAACAGAUAUAUUGAGAUAUUGUGGUGUUUGUAAUCAUUUGAUACUAUUUUUUCAUGCCCAUACAGUAGAUUAUUGUAUUUUAAAUGGAUGAAUAAAAUAAUGUAUGUAAUUUA